AUGAUUAUUUUUUGUUUGCAGUCGUCCAACUCAUUUCGACCGCCGUCGUCUUGGAAAGAUCUCCUAGAGAAUAAUGAGUUCUACAUUUUGUUCUUUAAACUGCACGCCAAAAUUCGACAGGAUGAGGAGUUGUGCACAAAAAGCAUGAACUGUUUGAUUCAGCUGGCGUCACUCACCGGCGAUUGUAUGCCGGUAAAUGAGACUGAGAAAAGUGUGAGAUACGUUGGAUUGUACCUCACCAAUCUGCUUGAACUGUUCGCGCAAGGACCAUUGCCGUAUGAGAUCAAUUUGUUCUGCACCAUCAUCAAUCGUUUGUUCCUCUAUCGUCCGCUCACCUCGAUCAUGAAGCAGGAGAAUGAGCUUCGCGCGAGAUUCUUUAUAUUUUUGAAGGAAUAUACGAUUCAUUUGACGACGCAGGCUAUGAAAAAAGCAAUUGGUGACGCUGAACAUGAUGAUCAUGCUUCAUUGGCACUUAUUUAUGAUGCGAUUACGGUAUUGAUUCGGGGACGAUGGAGGACGAGUUUUGAGGAUGCUGAUGAAGCGGAUCGAAUUGAGAAUGAGCUCAUCAAAUGGCCGGUGCUUCUUAUCGUCAAUCAGUUCAUUCAGUGUGUUCUCGCACCGCCGCAAGGUUGUCGGCCGCUUGCGAAAGAGGAAGAUGAUGAUGGAGAUGAUGCCGACGAUCGCGUUCUUUUCAGCGAUCUCCUCAACCCGUUGGGCUCAAUGAUUUGCUAUAGUGUCAACGAGUUUUUGACGAAUAUGACAGCGAACUUGCGAAAAUCGCUGUCCGAAAUGACAAUGAUUGCCACUGGUAACGGAGAUGUUUCGAGAAUAGCCGCGUGGAAAGAGGACCAACACUGGCUCAUGCUCAUAAUUGCCACUUCUGUCGUCGGCGAGGAGGUUGAUGGAGCUUGUCAUAUUGAUGGAGAAGUCUAUGACAAUACAUAUCACAUUUUCCAAACUGGUGUGCAGUAUUGCCCGCAGAAAAAGAUUCAGUACCUUCAAAUGUGUAUUGAAGCGCCGACGUCGCAGAAUCGAGCGGUGUUCGAAAACGAGGUCGAUCCGUUUGUCCGACUCAUGGGCGAACUAUUUGCGUGGUCAGCGGUUGAGCACGAGCUGUUCGCCAGCGGACAAGUGGAAUGCGUCAGUCCCGAAUUGUGUCGAUCGACGUUCUACGCGCUGAAGCGAUUCUUGAAUGCGGCGAGCUCCGUGUCCGAAUAUGAGAAAUGGAACAAUUAUCAGGGCAUGUCGUCCGAAGCGCUGCCCAUGCUGCCGAAUGAUGACGCGUUCUCGAGGGUAUUGGUGCGAUUUGUCAUCAAGAAGGUUCUCGCGAUUCUUGUGAAUUAUGGAAGCGAAGAGAGAUUGUGCCAAGAUGCGAUUGAAUGCCUUUCCGGGCUUGUUGAAUCGAGGGCGCCUCUCAUUGCCGCUUCACCGGAAUUGUACGAGUAUUUGAACAAUUUGGAUAUUGCGAAGUUGCCGAAUCGCGCCGAUCUCAUGAAAGUGUUGGUGCAGAUUGGUGCGGCGUCGAAUAAUUCCGAAUUGCAAGAGAAUAUGUUCAAAAGGAUUCUUGUGCCUCUUGCUGAAAGCUUUACAGAGCUGACGAAGCUCGAAUCGUCGACGGAAACGGAUUCGCAGAUUGUCGAUCUGCUUCAGUGUUUUGAUGGUGUCGCGAAAGCGAGUCAGGCUCACUCGGCUGGUGUCUUAUUCAAAUUUUUGUUUUCUGUCAUAAAUCAAUGUGUAGCUUUAAUGCGAACCCGAUCACAUAAUGAAACCGUGGUCUCGACGAUUCUUCAACUUCUUCUUGACACAACCACGAAGGUUUCAAUUUAUUUGGACAGCGAGUAUGACGAGGAGUCGAAUAUGCUUUAUGCGACGUUGCUCCAGAUUGUUGAUUGCUAUCGAACCGAUCAGAUGAAGCGAUUCACUGGAAUGACGGCGGAUGAUGAAGACAAGGGAUCGGAUCUUGUUCUGUUCUUGGAUAUCCUCUCGAAUGUCCUUUCAAAGGACUUUCUCACUCUGGGCGAGGAGAAUGUUUCGACGGGCGCCAAAGUGGUCAUCACUUCUCUGGAAAUGCUGUUGACAAUUAUGAACGAGACGAUUUUGCUGAUGCCCGAAGUCGCGCUGAAAUUCUUCCGCCUAAUUUUGUAUCUUGUUGAAUUCUCGCCGGAAGCGAUCGUUGAAAUGUCGGAUGGAUUGAUCUCGUCGCUUUGUCAGUGUAUGAAGCUUGGAAUGUCGGGACAGUUUGGCACAGAGAUCAUCUCGACGUCAUUGGAAUCGCUCACUGAGGUCGUGCUCCAUUUCGCGGCUGCCGACCACAAGCAGAAAUGCACACAGCAAUUGGCGCAGCAGUUUAAAGAGAUGAUUCCGGCAGUUUUUGAAACCUGCUUGGCGAAUACCUGCGACACUUCGCUCUAUGCGGAAUCGUGUUCGGCGGUCUACUCGUUGAUCGCGUUUGAAAAAAGAUUCUUUGAGGAAUAUGUUAGCGAUUUGCUGAGCAAGAAGAGCAACGAAGCCGCUCGGCACGUUCUUGAAGAAGCUUUCACUCAGCUUUUAGAUGCUCCGAUGGUGACGGCGAAUCGUCGAGGAAGGAUUGCAUUCCGCGCGAAAAUGGACUCGUUUUUGGAGAAGAUUCAAGGAUUACUAUCAAUGUUCGCCACUGUUGUGACUGACCAAGAGGAAAUCGAGAAAGCCGAGGCUUUGAAUUUGGCCGCUGGGCUCAAGUACACGAUUGAUCACACAUGGGAUGGAUUUCCGUUGACUCAUGAUCCAAUUAGGCUGGAACUCAAAUGGAAAUUCGAACGUCAGAACGGGCGGCCGCAUAAGCGAGUCGUUAAAAUCACAUUCGAUGCCCCGUUCUUUGACGAUCCCGAGCCAAUGGAUCCACCAGGAAUUACGCCAGGGCUUUGGGAUUAUGAGGUGAUGGAAUUUUUCUUUGCCAACGAGCGGGGGCAGUAUCUUGAGGUCGAAGUGGGACCACAUGGGCAUUGGCUGUGCUUGUUGUUCGAUGGUGUUCGGCAUCAAAUCAAUAAUGGCGAAGAUCUUGAGCUGGAGGUUCAUAACAAAUGGUGCGGUGAUCGCUGGAUUGGAGAGAUUGAGAUCCCAUUGGCCUAUUUUCCAGCAAGAGUCUCGAAAUUCAACGCUUACCAUAUUCAUGGCGCCGAGAAUGAGCGCGUUUAUUCGGCUUUGUACCCGGUCACCGAUGGAACUCAUACGGUGCCCGACUUUCAUCGGCUCGAGUUCUUUCAACGCAUCAACACAAGAAAACUGAUUCCCGAAGGCUAUGGUGAUCGCCCAUUCGCCGAUUUCAAAUAUGGCGAUUUGUGGGCGGGCCAUUAUUGA